AUUUGCGCAAUCCCAUAGCGCGACGCGUGUCUCUAUUUUUUCAAACGGUGCGCAUAUACCAAGCGAAAUGGCGGACCAAUGUACGAUUAAUGUACUUAAAAAGUUCUUGGCUGAAGUGGACAAAAUGGAGAGAGUUGUGCUCAUGCCAAACCGGCUGCAAGAUCUUGAACCAGAGAAAACAAGUCGGAAGGAUGCCAACAAUAACCAGGCCCUCGCCGACGGACUCUACCGACACUUUCUGAUCCUGAAAAAUGUCAAGAGCGAACUGACAACUGGGCAUGGCUUGGAAUUAGGAGAUGAUUUAAACCCUAUCAAAGAUGAACUGAACUCAUUUCACAAGGCGCUGAACGACAUGUCUGCUUUGGCUGGGGAAAUAACAGAACAGUACAAAUCAAAGUAUGAGCUGACAUUUUGAUCUGGAACUCCUGGAACUGUGACGAUGGCUUGACUGGAUUUGCAUUGGAUGCGUUAGGGACUUCAUACUUCUCAUAAGCAACCUCUCAUCUAAUGGAUAUUGACACAAGUCUGUAGUAUCAGGACUGUGUAUGUAUAUUUACGUCCCGUAAAUAUGCAUACAGUUAUUGCCAAUACAGCUGUCAAAGACGCUGCCGAUAAUUUAAUUACAGCAAAGAGUAUUUUAGAGAACAUAGAAGUCAAACGUUUAAUAGAAGAUUGGAAAGAACUUGUCUUGUAAUUGAAUCGUGAAAAGGGAAAAUAAAUGCUUUCUCAAUUUCGUAA